AUGGGGCUCUUGAAACUAUCCGUGCUACUUACCGCGGGCUUGCAAUCCCUUGCAGCCGUGGCCCAAAACUCCACCGCCCCUCCAUAUCGAGACAGCCUGCUUGACCUGCACAAGUCACUUGUGGACUUCGAGUCCACGACAGGCAGUGAGGCUGAAGUCGGCGAUUUUCUCAUCGAGUACCUGACGGGUCAGGGCUUCACGGCAGAGCGGCAGACCCUCCCAUCGUCCAACGGCUCGGCGGUGCGGUUUAACGUGGUCGCAUGGCCCAGUUCGCGCAUGGGCAACUCGUCCAAGGUUGUGGUCACGAGCCACAUCGACACCGUUCCACCAUACAUCCCAUACUCACGGGAUGGACCUGACCCGCCUACGGCCGAGACAGUCAUCGCCGGGCGCGGCACGGUAGAUGCGAAGGGCAGCGUAGCCACCCAGGUAACCGCGGUGAUGGAGCUGUUGUCCGCCGGCGAAGUCACCGGCGACGACGUCAUGCUCGUCUAUGUGGUGGGCGAGGAGAGGACCGGCGACGGCAUGAUGCACUUCUCGAACAUCACCUCGCAGCAGCCGGACCCACCAAAAGCCGCCAUCUUCGGCGAGCCCACCGAGGGGCUCCUGGCUUGCGGCCACAAAGGCAGUAUGGCCUGCACCGUCACAGCCCACGGACAGUCCGGGCACAGCGGAUACCCCUGGUUGUUCAAGAGCGCCAACGAGGUGAUGAUGCGUGGCCUGCUUGAGAUCAUCGACACGGACUUGGGGACCAGCGAGCGGUAUGGCAACACGACAACCAACGUGGGUCUCAUUUCAGGAGGAAUCGCGAUCAACGUGGUCCCUGACCUCUCAACCGCUGGAAUCGUUGUCCGAAUCGGCAUUGGCCCGGAGGAUGAGGGCGCUAUUGUCGUUCAAGACAGAAUUCGCGAAAUCCUGGCGAAUGUCGAUGAGGAGGCUUUCGACUUCACGUGCGAUACUAGGCAAUCCGGUGCAAUUGAGACCAAUUGUGACGUCGACGGCUUUGAGACAACUGUAGUGAGUUACGGGACAGAUAUCCCUGCUUUCAAGGGGAACCAUACUCGAUACCUCUACGGGCCGGGAAGCAUUUUAGUCUCACACAAUGCCAAUGAAGCGAUCACCGUGGGAGAGCUAGAGACUGCGGUCGAAGAUUACAAGAGAAUUAUCUUGCAUGCGGUCCAGGCCUAA